GCCACAAUACACGUCGACCUGCGAUGGACCUUUGAACCGCAUGCGGUGCCGCGCCUUUUUCUUAUGACGGAUUGAUUAAGCGACGAAACAAAGGACAGCGCAAUGAAUGUGAAACUUGAUUUUGAUGUUGAGUACGAAGACGAACAACAUUGAAUAGACUUCACCAGCUCUAAUCCGUGCACAUCGACUUGCAGCCGAGAGUGGCAUACGCUUUGAGGCAACGACCGGAGACGCGCGUGGACGUUAUCGUGGGGCGAUGCUUCACGAAAUUCCACUUGCAGUUCAAAUAGAAGAGCCUAUCAUUCUUAGAGUGGGUAGUUUGGACAGAACCAGGAGCACGUCGAGACCAAGGGCAAGAACUUCUACUUCAUCUUCUAGUACUUGUACCAGUAUUUUCUCCCAACAUCACAGAGUUGUCAUCAACGUGCCUGCAGGAAUCGCAUCUAAGGUGGACUGGGAUGAGGUU